UCUGUGCGAUCUUUGUGAAGGCCUCUCAAACAAUUCAUGAUUUCCUUCAAAACCCCUUUUUGUCGCUUUUCUCUGAAAUUUUCUCUCUCUAGACUCUGUAUUCUCUCUCUCUCUCUCUCUCCUAUGUUUAUCGUUUGUAUUGAACAUGCACAUAAUUUCUGAAUUAUAGGUAAUAAUAAUAAUAAUAUAGCAAUAUAUCAGAAUAUGAAUAAUGUGUGUGUGAAUAUUAUAUUAAUUUUAAUGUUCAUGAAAUGUUCAAGAAUAUUGAAUAAGAAUGUGUUUGUGAAUUUCAGGUUGAUUUGAUUUUGAUUUGAUCAUAAUAAAUAUAUUGAUUGUGGUGCAUAAAGAAGCAUGUCUGUUUCUAUGAAAGAAGUAGAUCCAGCCUUUCAAGGGGCUGGACAAAAAGCAGGAAUUGAGGUGUGGCGGAUUGAGAAUUCUAGUCCGGUGGCUGUUCCGGAAUCUUCUCAUGGUAAAUUUCUUACAGGGGAAUGCUAUAUGAUUUUAAAGACCCAUGCUUCAAAAAGUGGUGCUUUCCGCUAUGACAUCCACUAUUGGAUAGGUAAAGAUGCAAGGGAGGAUGAAGCCGAUACUAUAUCUAUAAAAACGCUUGAACUUGAUGCAGCUCUCGGAGGGCGAGCAGUUCAGUAUCGUGAGCUACAAGGAUACGAAACAGAAAGAUUCCUUUCUUGUUUUAAACCAUGUAUAAUACCAGAAGAAACUGACUCUCAAGAACACAAAACUCGCAUGUUUUAUUGCAAAGGAAAACAUGUGGUUCAUUUAAAAGAGGUUCCUUGUGCACGAUCGUCACUCAAUCAUGAUGCAGUUUUUAUAUUAGACAGUAAAAAUAAGAUAUUCCAGUUUAACGGGUCGAAUACUUCAAUACAAGAAAGGGCUAAAGCACUGCAAGUCGUGCAGUAUAUCAAAGAUACUUACCAUCGUUCAAAAUGCGAUAUAGCCACUAUCGACGAUGGGAUGCUGAUGGCUGAUGCUGAAGCCGGUGAGUUCUGGGGUUUUUUCGGUGGAUUUGCUCCACUUCCGAGAAAAACAACGACGGUGAAUGAUGUUCAAAGUACUGAUACUCUUCCUACUCAGCUAUUUUGUGUCAAGAACGGGCAUACAGAACGCGUCGCUGCUGAUUCCUUGGCGAAGAAGUUACUCGACACAAAAAAAUGUUACGUUCUGGAUUGCGGAUCAGAAGUUCAUGUUUGGAUGGGCCGAGAUACUUCUAUGGAAGAAAGAAAAGCUGCAAAUGGAGCUGCAGAAGAAUAUCUACGUGGUCAGGACAGACCAAAAUCUAGAAUAACUCGCAUGAUCGAGAAUUUUGAAACGGUAUGUUUUCAGUCAAAGUUUGACUCGUGGCCUCAACCGACUGACGUGGUAGCAUCUGAGGAGGGCCGAGGCAAGGUGGCUGCACUUCUAAAACGACAAGGGGUCGACGUUAAAGGUAUUCUCAAAGCGGCUCCAAAAAAGGAAGAGGAGGAAGAACCUCUACCUUAUAUUGAUUGCAGUGGAACUUUGCAGGUGUGGCGUGUGAAUGGUAAAGAAAAGAGUCUUUUAUCAGACACUGAUCAGUCAAAAUUCUACACCGGAGAUUGCUAUAUCUUUCAAUAUACGUAUUCCGGAGAUGAACAACAGGAGUGUCUUAUAGGGACAUGGUAUGGAAAGAAAAGUGUUAAGGAAGAUAGAGAUUCGGCUCUCUUACAAGCGAACAAGAUGGUUGAGUCGUUCAAGUUUUUAGCUACUCAGGCACGGGUUUAUGAAGGAAACGAACCGAUCCUUUUCUAUCAAAUAUUUCAGAGCUUUAUGGUUCUCAAGGGCGGUCUUAGUAAAGGGUACAAGAAUUACAUAUCGGAAAAGGGACUACCAGAUGAUACUUACAAAGAAGACGGAGUUGCAUUAUUUCGAGUUCAAGGCUCUGGACCAGAAAACAUGCAAUCCAUUCAAGUUGAACCCGUUGCUUCAUCCUUGAACUCCUCUUAUUGUUAUAUAUUACAUAAAGAUUCAGAAGUGUUUACGUGGAACGGAAGCCAGACAACCACAGACGAUCACGACCUUGUUGAGAGGCAACUUGAUUUCAUAAAACCCGAUUUACAGACCCGAGUGCUUAAAGAAGGUGUAGAGUUAGACCAAUUUUGGGAAAUCCUGGGUGGAAAAACCAAAUACGCCGCAAAAAAGAUUCCACGUGAAGCUGAAAGCGAUCCUCAUUUAUUCUCAUGCACAUUAUCCAAAGAAGAUCUGAAGGUGUCUGAGAUAUACAACUUUAACCAAGAUGAUUUGAUGACAGAAGAUAUUUAUAUUCUUGAUUGUCACACAGACAUAUUUAUUUGGGUAGGGCAGGGGGUUAAUUCAAAAACCAAAACACAGGCAUUAGCUAUUGGAGAGAAAUUUCUUAAACUCGAUGUUCUUCUUGAGAAAUUAUCUCUCCAAUCUCCAAUAUUUAUCACAAUGGAAGGAAGCGAGCCACCAUUCUUCACGCGUUUCUUCACAUGGGAUUCGACUAAAUCUGGAAUGCAUGGAAACUCAUUCCAAAGACGGUUAUCGAUUAUAAAAGACGGAGGUCGUUCUACUAGGAAUUUUAAACCGAAAAGGAGAGCACCGGUAUCAUUCGGGGGUAGAUCGGCGUCCGAAAAACCACAACGGUCAAGAAGCGUGUCAUGCAGCUCCGAUCGCCCACGUGCCAGGGGCAGAUCUCCAGCCUUCAAUGCCCUUGCUUCGAAGUUCGAUAAUCCAGGUGGAUCAAGAAACGUUUCAACUCCGCCACAAAGGAACCUCUCAACUCCUCCACCAAGUAAUCUUGGUGGUGCCAAUGCAGGCGGUGGCGGCGGCGGUGGUGGUGUUCAUGAUAUCUCUAAAGCUUUUUCCACGUCGAAAGCUAUCGCAUCACUAACUGCCUCUUUUGACAAACCAACACGAGAAAAACUUAUGCCCCGUUCUGUAAAAGCGAGCUCUGAUUCUACUGCAAAAUCUGAGUCAAACGCUAGGGUUAUUCCAAUGAGCAGUAGAACAGAUGUAAAGGAAAAUGUGAAAGAGAAUGAAGUUGAAGAUGAUGAAGGGCUCACAUCAUACCCGUAUGAGCGUUUAACAACAUCAUCAACUGACCCUGCUCCGGAUAUUGAUGUAACCAGGCGAGAGAUGUAUCUGUCAAAAGCCGAUUUCAGGGAGAAAUUUAAUAUGACCAAAGAGGCUUUCUACAAGAUGCCAAAAUGGAGACAAAAUAAGAUGAAGACUUCGCUUGCGCUGUUCUGAGUUAUCUGCACUCUAUGAAGGAAAGCAUGCUUACAGAUUUUCUAUAUGUUUAUGUUGCAGUAGGUCUAUAUUUCAUUUCUUUUUUUUUUCUGAUAUAUAUAUAUAUAUAUCCAUUUUUCUAGGACUUGGUUACUUCCAUUUCUGUAUAACAGGCCUGCUUCACAAUUUAUUGUGUUCAGUUUCUUAUUCCCAUCAAUUAAACAUUCAUUUGAAUGAAAAUGUAUAUGUAAUGAAACCCUUCAUAUUCAUUAAUAAAAUCUGUUUUUUUUUAAAU